CCUACAAAGUUAUAGACAUUUUACAAUAUUUUGCCCAUAGAUAGAUCCAUGUGUAGUUAGAAUGCUUUCUUGACAAGAUAUGAAAUUCUCGAAUCUUUCAUUGAGUCUGAGUGAUUUUUGGGAAUUCAAUAUCUCAUGAAGGAAACAUUCUAGUUACACAUAGAUCUAUCUAUGGGCAAAUAUUGUAAAAUGUCUAUAACUCUGUAGGAGUGAUUUAGAUGUCUUAUAUCGGUUUAGCUUUUUAAUAUCUCAUCGGGAUUUAUCUUAUGCACAAAGUCCAAAUUCAAAAGAGAUUUUCAAGUUAGGAAGGUUCCCUUAUUAGUCAUUCUACAAAUAUCUUGCUAAAAACUCAAUUUAUCUUAUAAAUCCUUUUGUGUAAAUGAUUUAUUAUCUUACGAAUAUAGACGUAUUCAACAAUUGAUAAAUCGAAAUUUUCAAAUUGUAUGAUCAGUUUCAGAAUACUUAUAAUAGUUUCUGUCGAAUUAGAGAUUGACUGCCAGUCAUCUAUCUUCAGUAUUCACUGGAUUCUACUACGAAUACGAAUAGUUGUGGUUAAUCCAAUAUUUUAGCUAAGACAUUGCCAGACUUUAGAGAAGUUAGAAAAAAUUCUUAUUAGACAUGUAUUGUUUCGUUUCGCAGCUGCGUAUAAACUCAUAACAGGAAGAAAUCUAACAGAAUGAUAUGAUUGUAUAUCUAAUUUCUAUUCUACAGUUCUUCGACAGCUAUCGGCAAGUAGUUAGUAUCCAUACGUGUUUUUCAAAUCGCGAAAGAAAUUGAUUUGUCAAUUACUAGAAAACAUGCAACACAAAAACAAAGUUCAUCACAUAAACAGAGCUAUAAUUGAAUAGUGAGAAACAAUGAGCUAACCUAUCCAAUUUUUUACGUUGUUUGUCUUAGGUUCAGGUUGGACACAGUGGGCUUCUGUUCUGUGAAAAGGGGAGUAAUCGUAAUAAUCGACUAGGAAGUACAAAGAAUAACUGGUUCGAAGCAGACUAAUAAACCUAAAACAUAUGUAUGGAUCUGAUAAUUAAGUCCGUAGAUUAAAAAAAAUACUUUUCAAUGCUCUUCAAGAAAAAAUUCUGAUAGACUUUAACUAGUGACAUUGAAAUAGGCCCCGUCGUGUCCAAAAUUUUCCGAUCCGGACCAAUUCGAUGGACUCUACGUUAGAGUCCACUUAUUUAAAGAAUAUUAGUUUAAGGUUUCAUUUGUAAAAAUUGAUUUCAAUUAUUUGAAUCCUAUGUAAGUUGUCAAAGAAAUAUCAUUCGACAAUUGAUAAAAUAUCAUAAUUAUAUAUAUAUUUCUUUAGCUUAAUCAACUAAAAGGUCUUGUUGAGCCUGUUUCAUGGAACUAUUUUCCAACAUUUAAUAAGCAAUAUAAGUCUUCACGUGCAUGGAAAACCUAUCCAAAAUUCUUUAUGAAUAAUUGGAUUGCAAGUGCAUUUAAAGGUGGUCUUCAUCGUUUUUCAAUGAUAACAAAUACAACUCAUCAUGUAUUAAAUAAUCGUGAAUGGCUUCAUUUUAUAGCAUCAUCAAAUUUUCAAAAAGAUUCUUUUUCAGCUAUUAUACUUACUGGUUGGUCAAGAUUUGAUCAUUUUAUGCCAUUAUGUGAUUUAUUACCAACAGCUUAUUCAUCUCUUAUAUAUAGUUUAUAUAUGUUAAAUACAAAUAAAUUUCUUGUUGAUGAUUCAAUUCAUGAUUGUGAAGAUUUAUUAAGAUUAGUUCAUAGAGAUUCACAAUUAUGUGAAUCAUUACCAGGUAUUAUACUGUAA